GCCUAGGAAUUGAGUGGGCGUUGAAACUUGAAAUGAGUUACUAUAAAUAGAGAAGCCAUCCUGUUUUUCCAUCAUCAACAUUCGAAAACAGAGAGAAUUAGUGCUGGAAGCUCGAAGUACAAAUCGUUAAGCAAGGAUUACAAGCUAUCUGAGCUAAGUUUAGCAUACAUGUCUCACCAAACAAGAAGUGGUCUUGGGUAUGGUAAUCAAGAGGCAAUGACGACUAGUGCAAGUACACCUCAGCAGGUUGGUGGCCCUAGUCGACAAGCAAGGAAUACCAAUCAGGAAGUGGACUUAAGGGCCACAAUUGCUGAAGAGGUUUCACGAGCCCUUCGUGAGGCUGUUCCAAUGAUUGUGGAACAAAAUCGGGACAUCAUUGCAAAGAUGAUGGAAGAGCGACUGAAUGUGAACAGGAGAACCGAAGAGGUGAAUGAAAACAUGGAUCAGUUACAAAUUGAGCAACAAAGAGGUGAUGAAACAAACCAGAAAGAUGGGUGUUCGUAUAAGUAUUUCUUGAGUUGUAAGCCACCAGAGUUUAAGGGAAGUGGUGAUCCUGUGAUUAGUAUGAGGUGGUUGAAAGAAAUGGAAAAUGUGUUUAAAACAAGCAAGUGUUCUGAAGGUGAUAAGGUCAUGUAUGCAGUGACAAUGUUGAAGGAUGAAGCUCUAUAUUGGUGGGACAUGGUUAGUGGUAUGCUUGGAGAGGGAAUUGUGGGACAACUCACAUGGGGUCAAUUCAUUGCGAAGUUCAAGGAAGAUUUCAUUUCAGAAAGUGCAUUGGAUCAGAUUGAGGAAGAGUUUCUGACACUUAAACAAGGGGAGUCUUCUGUGGUUGAUUACACUUACAAGUUCAUGGAAAAAGCAAGGUUUGUAGAGCACCAAAUCCCUACCGAAAAGAAAAAGAUUAAAAGGUACGUAUGGGGGUUAAGGGCAAACAUUCGUGAGUUUGUCUCAAAUCGCGACUUGGCCACUUUUAGACAAGUUGUGGAAGCGGCUAAAGAAAGAGAGAAGGAACUAAACUUUCAAAAACAUGAAAUGAGUAGUGUUGUUAAAAGGAAACGGGAUGACCGAACAUAUGAAUCAUCCAAAAAGCUCCAAAUUGAAGGUGGUAGUAGGAAAUCCGAUAAACAAAGAGAUGCAAAGUGGUGUGAGAAGUACAACCGGAAGCACAUAAGGGAAUGCACUCCCGAGGUUGUGGAGUGUUGUCGUUGUGGGAAAGGUGAUGAUCAAUUUAGUUGGGACUAUAACCAUAAAAAUAAAAUAUGUUAUGAGUGUUCAUUGGUUGGACAUGUGAGGGUUGAUUAUCCUAAAUUAAAGAAACGAGAGCCUUGUUCGAAGGUGGAAGUGGUCAGGUGUAGGAGAGGAACUGUGAAAGAAGAACGAGAUUUUAUGUGUUAAGGGAUGUGAGUUUCAAAUGAUCAUCGAUGAGGCGAUUACGAUAUCGGAUGUUGUUAUAGGUACAUUUUUAUUAACUUUUACGUGCAGGAGUGUUAUUUAAGUCAAGUGCUAAUAAGUCGUUUGUUUCUGAAAUGUUUUUUUUAAAGAUUUGAUGUAACUCCUAAUAAGUUAGAUGACACAUUAGCACUAGAGAUGAUGGAUAUAUAGCGAUCAUGUUCUAGUGAAUGUUGGAUAUAACGAUUGUUUGAUUUAGGUCAUAGUCACAAAUUACUAGUGAAUGAUAUGUAUUUUCGAGUUCA